CCAAACCUGCCGCUCCUCCUGCCCCCAAACCCUCCAAACCUGCCUCUCCUCCUGCUCCCAAACCUUCCAAACCUGCCUCUCCUCCUGCCUCCUGUCCCUAAACCCUCCAAACCUGCCGCUCCUCCUGCUCCAAAAUCCCCUAAACCUACUGCUGCUCCUCCUGCUCUAAAACGCUCCAAACCUACUGCUGCUCCUGCCCCCAAACCCUCCAAACCUGCCUCUCCUCCUGCCCCCAAACCCUCCAAACAUGCCUCUCUUUCUGCCCCCAAACACUCCAAACCUGCCUCUACUCCUGCCCCCAAACCCUCCUUACCUCCUGCCUUUCUUCCUGCUCCAAAACCCUCCAAACCGCUUGCCACUCCUCGUGCUCUAAAUCGCUCCAAACCAACUGCUGCUCCUGCUCCCAAACCCUCCAAACCUACUGCCUCUCCUCCUGCCCCCAAACCCUCCAAACCUACUGCCUCUCCUCCUGCCCCCAAACCCUCGAAACCUGCCUCUCCUCCUGCCCCCAAACCUUCCAAACCUGCCUCUCCUCCUGCCUCUUGUCCCCAAACCCUCCAAACCUGCUGCUCCUCCUGCUCCAAAACCCCCUAAACCUACUGCUGCUCCUCCUGCUUUAAAACGCUCCGAACCUACUGCUGCUCCUGCUCCCAAACCCUCCAAACCUGCCUUUCAUCUUCCCCCAAACCCUCUUCUCCUCCUGCCCCCAAACCCUCCAAACCUCCUGCUUCUCUUCC